GAGCUGAGUGGCAGGUGCGCGCGCGCCUCCUCUCUGCUCGUUCAGUCGGUACGCGCGAGGCGGCCGGCGCGCGAUUCCUCUCCCAUCACCACCAUCUCCAUCUCAGCGCUCUGUGCUGGUACCUCUGCUAACUUUCACUUCGUCUUUUCUGCGUUUAUUUUAACGAUUUAUUCCUUUCAUUUGAAAAAAAAAAAUCGACCUCCCUUGAGCGUUUAGGGUUUUUUUUUUAGUAUAGAGGAGAAAAGUGAUGCUGAAUGUUCCCGCGGGACUCUGAGGACAUUUUUUCCUUGGAUUUCUGGCGUCUCGCGUUAGCAUCAUCAGGAGCAUCAUCAUGGACGUCCUGGCCAACUACAGCAUCUUCCAGGAGCUGCAGCUCGUCCACGACACCGGCUAUUUCUCCGCCAUGCCGUCUCUGGAGGAAAACUGGCAGCAGACAUGUCUAGAGCUGGAGCGCUACCUUCAGACAGAACCCAAGCGACUAUCAGAGCUCUUCGAAGAUGAACUGGACCGCCUGCUCUCUCCAGACUUCAUGGAAGGACAUGGAGAGGACGAAUCGCUCAACCCGUCGCUCUUCAGCCUCACGUCAUCCCCGCUGCGCCUCGACGGAGAGCCGCUGACCUCGCCGUCCACCCCGGACCCCUCCGACCUCAGCACAGGGGUCGACGUGGCCCAGCUGAACGCGCUCACCUCUCUGACUCCGCCCUCGUCCCCGGAACUGGAGCGCCAUUCUCUCAAGACCGCCCACACUCUCUGUACCACAGCCGACGGGACUCUGAUGCUGAAACUGGCCGUGGCGCGGCCGCUCUCGCCCGGACCCAGCGACGGCGAGCAGGCGAGCGGCACCGCAGGGGGCAGAGACUCAGCCGACAGCAAGAAGAGAGUGCACCGCUGCCAGUUCGACGGCUGCAGGAAGGUGUACACCAAGAGCUCUCACCUCAAAGCACACCAGAGGACACACACAGGUGAGAAACCCUACAAGUGCUCAUGGGAAGGCUGCGAGUGGCGUUUCGCACGCAGCGACGAACUGACGAGACACUACCGCAAACACACGGGCGCCAAACCCUUCAAGUGCGCACACUGCGACAGGUGCUUCUCGCGGUCGGACCACCUGGCGCUCCACAUGAAAAGGCACGUUUAAAUAAAAGGACGACGAGUCCGAGAGAAAAGCGGACAAACAGAUAAAAUAUAGAAAGGAGGACUCGGGAACGAGGGGAGCAAAUCCGAACGCUUUUUUUACAAGACGAAUCAGAUUCUCGGUUCCGGUUCCGGUUUGGAGGAGAACUUUAUAAAACUGAUUAGGAAUUUAGACCCAGUAAACACACUGACUCAGCUAGGAGUUUUCUCCUGAACAUGGAACGGUGUGGAAUGUAUUUUCAUUUCAUAGCUAGUACGUACGAAACCGGAGGACUGUUGACGAACAGGAUCACUUCUGGAGCUUUGGGGUUUUUUUUUUUUGUUGUUGUUUUUGGGUUUUUUUUUUUUUUUGAGUGGAUAAAUACGAAGAACAUCUAUUGACACAAUUCUUUUUUUUGUUUGAGCUAUAAGACUCUUCCUGUUUUACGGGCACAAUUAAGAAACAUUUCUUGCACAAGCAGUCGAGGAUCAAACGCCGAAGACAAUUUUACUCCAUCGGGGGACGAAAUGUCAGAUUUGUUAUUGUUAAUGUUAUUGCACACAUCAUGAACAGUGCUAUUUAUUUAUGCUUCUUGUUUGUUGUUUUUUUUUUUUUUUUUUGUACAAAACUGAGAUCUUUCCUCCAGGACUAGCAUGAAAAAAAAACAACAACAA